AUGUCAGAUGAUGAUGUUGAGAUUAUUCAUUCGAGUCAAUACGGAGAUAGUCUGCCUUAAUAAGUCCUUGGCAGUCAAAUUAUUCCCAACCUCUAAUCUGAUAAUCAAAAACUUCAGCAAAGUAACAAAUCGCUGGAGACUGAGGUCAAACAAUACAAACAUUUAUUGGAGUAAACCUUAGAAACUCUGCGACAAUCUGAAAGAGAUCAAAAUACAUUGAAACUUCAACUUUCCUAAAAGGAUUUCUAACUUUAAGCAAUCUAGGCUAAUGUAGAGGAACGUUAAAAAAGUGCAAAAAUAGAAUCGCAUUAAAAAUUAAAGGAUAGCAAUUCUAACCGAGAUUCCUUUGGUAAUAAAUAAACAAAUGUGUCUUCCAUCGGCGGUUUUUUAUCAUCCACUUAAAGUCCUCGUUGUUAAUGCGAUGGUUUUCAUACUAGAGGACAAACGCUCAUAGAGACUAUGAAGAAGAUUCAAUUCUCUUUAAAAUAGAAUGAGUAAAGUGCUUACUCUUAGGACCUUUUCAAAAUAUUGUAAGAAUUAGAAGAGAAUUUAAAAUAGUUUUUAACUCUUCAUGAAUAAUUUGCAAUCGAAAUUCAUCGAAAUAGAAUAGAUCAAACAGAACAACAAUCUCAAAAUAAACAACAAUCCACCCAUUCGAUGAGUGAUUAAUUUCAUUCUUUGGAAGAUUAAAAUACCAAUUAAAAUCCUAAUCAGUAAAUACUGAAUAAUGAUGAACUUGACACCAGCCAAUUUGAAAGUGAAUAACACAUCAAAUAGUAAUUUGAAUGUUUCGAAAUGUCAUUGGCAAAAUUGAAUGAAGAGGAAAAACAAUAUUGGAAAUAAAAAUUACUAUAAUUAAUUAACACUCUUUGA